AUGGCGGUUACUGAUACAGAACAAGAUGGACUAGCCCCAGAAAAGACAUCCCCGGAUAGAGAAAAGAAAAAAGAGCAGUCAGAUGUGUCUAUUUCUCCUAGAACCUCAAAACAUCACUAUUCAAGGUCACGGUCAAGAUCAAGAGAAAGAAAGCGAAAAUCAGAUAAUGAAGGAAGAAAACACAGGAGCCGGAGCAGAAGUAAAGAGGCAAGAAGACAUGAAUCCAAAGAUAAGUCCUCUAAGAGACAUAAGUCUGAGGAGCACAAUGACAAAGAACAUUCUUCUGACAAAGGAAAAGAGCGAUUAAAUUCAUCUGAAAAUGGUGAGGACAGACAUAAACGCAAAGAAAGGAAGUCAUCACGAGGCAGAAGUCACUCAAGAUCUAGGUCUCGUGAAAGAUGCCAUCAAAGUAGAAGCAGGGAGAGGAAGAAGUCUCGGUCUAGGAGUAGGGAUCGAAAAAAGUCUCGAUCCAGAAGCAGAGACAGGAAGAAGUCAAGAUCUAGAAGCCGGGAUAGAAAACGAAGGAUUAGAACACAUUCCCGAUCCAGAUCCAGACACAGGCAUAGGACUAGAAGUGGGAGCAGAUCAAGAAAUCGAAGUCGAGAUAGAAAGAAGAGAAUUGAAAAACCAAGAAGAUUUAGCAGAAGCCUAAGCCGGACACCUAGUCCACCUCCCUUCAGAGGCAGAAACACAGCAAUGGACGCUCAGGAGGCUUUAGCUAGGAGGUUGGAAAGGGCAAAGAAAUUACAAGAGCAACUAGAAAAGGAAAUGGUUGACAAGCAAAAACAACAAGAGAUGGCUGCAGCAGCUGCAGCCACUGGGGGUUCUGUUCUCAAUGUUGCUGCACUAUUGGCGUCAGGAACACAAGUGACUCCUCAGAUAGCUAUGGCAGCUCAAAUGGCAGCCCUGCAAGCCAAAGCCUUGGCAGAGACCGGCAUAGCUGUGCCCAGCUACUAUAACCCAGCCGCUGUGAAUCCAAUGAAGUUUGCUGAGCAAGAGAAAAAGAGGAAAAUGCUCUGGCAAGGCAAGAAAGAUGGCGACAAAUCUCAAUCUGCUGAAAUAUGGGAAAAAUUGAAUUUUGGAAACAAGGACCAAAAUGUCAAAUUUAGGAAGUUAAUGGGAAUUAAGAGUGAAGAUGAAGCUGGCUGUAGCUCGGUUGAUGAAGAAAGUUAUAAGACUUUGAAGCAACAAGAAGUUUUUCAAAAUCUUGAUGCUCAGUAUCAAAUGGCAAGAUCACAAACCCACACUCAAAGAGGAAUGGGUUUGGGUUUCACAUCUUCAAUGCAUGGAAUGGAUACAGUUUGAAAAAUAUCAACUUGGGACUUUAUAGACUUGUUCUGAUGUCAGGUCCUUGUUCACCAAACAGCUAGGAUUCUAGCUUGCAUGGGU